AUGGUGGGAUGCAAAGCCAAGCCUCAAACCGGAAAAGCUAUUUACACCAUCACCAACGAUCAGGCUAACUCUGUUGUUGCCAUUCCGAUAUCCGACAAUGGCAUGCUCUCAAAGGGAGCAGUAUUUCCAACUGGUGGAUCCGGCUCGAACUUCCUCGAUGGCACAUCAAACAAGCCAGCAGCUCCUGAUGCGCUAGCAUCUCAGUCUGCUUUGGCUGUUGUAGGCAACAACCUAUUUGCCGUCAAUGCUGGUUCGAAUACGGUUACGAUGUUCUCCAUCGACCCAUCAGAUCCCACGAAGCUCACCAUGAUAGGCCAACCAGUUGCGGUUCCUGGCCAGUUUCCCAAUACGAUAGCGGCAUCAAUGAAACAUAAUGUUGUCUGCGUCGGCUGCUCUGGGGCACAAUCGGGAGUCUCUUGCGCUACAUUCUCCAAAGAUGGACUGGAAUCUAUGGAUUCUCUUCGCCCCGUAGAACUUAGCCAGACGACUCCUCCCGCCGGACCGACCAACACCAUAUCCCAAGUCUUCUUUUCCAACGACCAGGGCACCCUGUUCACUACAGUCAAGGGUGAUCCGUCUCAGAACAAGACAGGGUUUCUCGGUGCAUACAGGGUCAGCAAUAAGGGUUCUGUCCAACAAUACAGGGUGCAAUCGUCGCCCAACGGUACUGCAGUUUUGUUUGGUUCAUCAACAAUUCCCAAGAGCAAUAACCUCUUUGUCACUGAUGCCUCUUUCGGCGGGGCUAUUUUAUAUGUUGACCCGAAGUCAGAUGCCGCUUCUGUCAAGGGCAUGGGUGUUGUCGGCGGUCAGAAAGCAACAUGUUGGGUUGCAGUCUCUUCGGCCACUGGCAGCGCAUUCGUCACGGAUGUCGGUACCAACAGAUUGAUCGAAAUGUCGUUGAACGAUGCAAGUAUCAAAAGCAUCCUCGAUCUCAGUUCCAAUGGCGAUCCUGGUUUGACUGACCUGAAGGCUGCUGGACAAUUUGUGUAUGCGCUGAGUCCGGGCAACGGCACAACGCAGUCUGCAGUCACUGUGGUUGACGCCAUCGCGAAGAAGCAACUCCAACAUUUUGUACUUGGACGGCUUGGUGUUGGGAGAAAUGCUCAAGGCAUGACUGUUAUGUUGUGA